UUUUGGUUUGAAAAGAGACCUUUGCUGAUCCGUAGCUUUGUCUUUGUUUCAGGCACAUUCUUCUUCAAGAGUUCAGGAUGUUUCAGAUCAGGACUCCAUUGAAGAUCGCUUCUCCUCCUCCGUUACCCUGACCGAUCUCGGACCUCCUAUCACCGGGAAAAUCACCCACCCAAUCCUCCCGCCGAUCAUCAUCACGUAGAAAACAGAGUCAACAACAAUGACUUCAGGUUUCAGCGGCGACGAAACCGCUCCCUUCUUCGGCUUCCUCGGCGCCGCCGCAGCUCUCGUCUUCUCCUGUAUGGGAGCAGCGUACGGGACGGCGAAGAGCGGCGUCGGAGUGGCGUCAAUGGGAGUGAUGAGACCGGAGCUGGUGAUGAAAUCGAUUGUUCCGGUUGUCAUGGCCGGUGUUUUGGGUAUCUACGGCUUGAUCAUCGCCGUCAUCAUCAGUACAGGGAUUAACCCUAAGGCAAAAUCUUACUACCUCUUCGAUGGCUAUGCUCACUUGUCUUCUGGUCUCGCUUGUGGCCUCGCCGGUCUCUCCGCCGGUAUGGCCAUCGGGAUCGUCGGUGACGCCGGUGUUAGAGCAAAUGCCCAGCAACCGAAGCUCUUUGUCGGGAUGAUUCUCAUUCUUAUCUUUGCCGAGGCGUUGGCUUUAUAUGGUUUGAUUGUUGGGAUCAUCCUCUCUUCCAGGGCCGGUCAGUCGAGAGCCGACUGAGAUGCAUAUAAUCCCCCAUGCCAUGCCAAGGUGAUUUGAUGAGACUUGCUAUGCAUUCGGAUUCCAAUUAGGAUGUGUCUGCAUAAAAAACUUAUAACCAUGCCUUCUUCUUUUUGCCUAUUUUCCAUCUUCUUGGAUGUGAAGCUGUAUUUCCAUGCAUAGAUCCAUGUUUAAUGGAUAAUAUAAGCGUGUAUUGAUGCCUUGAUUUGUGUGAAAUCAUAUCAUGGAUUCUCUGUGUUGCCUAAAAAAAUAACUUGGUAUCUUGGAAAUCA